AUGGCAGCUUCGGAGGUGAAUGGCGUCACGGCUCAAAAUGUCCGUCUGCGUUUCACAACGCGAGAGGGGGAUCUCGAACUUCAAAGCAAUGCGCCAGUCUUGAUCCCGACGACUUUUCGACGAUACCAAUUGUCGCAAUACAUCAAUUCCCAGCUAAACCUUACGAGCCCAGUUCCGUUUGAGAUUCUCGUAAACGGCAGCUACCUUCGAACGAGCCUUGAAGACUAUCUCAGCCAGAAUGGUAUUUCAACGGAAAACACCUUGACCGUCGAGUACGUCCGAGCGAGGAUUCCUCCCCAAUAUACUGCCAGCUACGAGCACGAUGACUGGGUUAGCGAUGUCCAUGUCACCCCGAACAUGCACGCCGACAAGCCAAGAAUAUUGACAGCAAGCUAUGAUAGUCGCAUAAGAGUUUGGAAUACAUCUUCCCAGGUGCUGGCCACUUCCGCUGCUUCGUCAGAUGGUGGCCAUGCUUCCUUUGUGAAAUCUGCCAAAUUUGUAUCUCCUACUCAGAUCGUGUCCGCAAGUUACGAUCGCACGGUGAAGGUGUGGACUUACCAAGAGAACGAUGAGGCCUCGCAGGCUAGCUUGACCCCAACACUCGAUCUCUACGGGCACCAAGCCGCAGUAGAAUCCGUAGCAGCCCACGCGUCGACCCAUAGACUCUUGACCGCUUCCAUGGAUCAUUCUGUCGGGUUCUGGUCCACGAGAAAGAGUGACGCUCCACCCGCUCCGGGGAAUCUCGUUCCAAGGGCGAUCACCAAGGAAGGCAAGAGGAGGAAGCUCAAUCCAUCUAUAUCUACUGCUCAGCGCGGGCCGCUGUCUCUCAUGCGUGCUCAUACUGCUCCUGUUUCCGACGCCAAGUUCGAUAAGAAAGAUGCGACCGUCGGCUAUUCCUCCUCGAUGGAUCACACUGUCCGGACGUGGGACUUGGCUACGGGUGCUUUGGUCGACACGAGGACGACGAACAGUGCUCUUUUCUGUCUAGACCAGAUGCCAGCCUUGUCACUUCUGGCAGCAGGAUCCGCAGGUCGGGAUGUCAAAUUGGUGGAUCCUAGAGCUUCGGCGACACAAGUUGUCGCCAUGACCUUACAGGGCCACAAGAAUCACGUUGUCUCCUUGGCUCCGGAUCCCAAGAACGACUAUGUGCUGGCAAGUGGCAGCCACGAUGGAACCUGUCGCGUAUGGGACGUCAGGAGUACGAAAAGCGGGAAAGCAGGCGUUACUGGGCAAAGCAUUUUCACAAUUCCACGUGCGAGUCUCCAAGGCAAGCCAGCGUUAGCGACUGGGGAAGGUGUCAAGGUCUUCGGCUUGUGCUGGGACUCGCGGAUAGGACUUCUGAGUGCUGGCGAAGACAAGGCUGUGCAAGUCAACAGCAGUGAUAAUGUGACUUGA